AUGGAUAGGUCCGAAAAUACAUGGCAAACAUACAAAUAUGGUACAUGCUUGUGUUUCUCUGGGAUGGGCCGUAGGAAGUUUCGAAUCUCGGUGUGCGCAAUUAGCGCCUCCCCGGAAGCGGGCGAUGCGCCCGGUAUUAUGUCGGCGAGGAGAAAAUACUCGGCGAUUUCCGGCUCGGAGGACUUCAAGAACGCUUUCCUUUCGCGACAAGAUAAGAAUCCAAUUGCUCGAUAUGCUUCAACGGUACUACUCGAUUCGAUAAAUGUCACGAAGGAUUAUGUACCUGAUGAAUUCGCAGUAGUCCAGGACGAUACUAUACGAAAAUCGAGCAAUAUCGAAAAUGAAGUAGAUUAUUGCGGAUUUUCGUACUACAGAACUAAUAAAUCUGAUGGCUUUCAAGAUGCUGUUUUGGUCAAGGAUGUAGGAAUAACCUGCAAUCUUUUAAAUAAAAAUGCGAUUGAACCUGACAUAUCGAUUUCGGGCGUUGAAAGCUAUCUCGUCAGACAACUUAAACUCGAAUAUAAUGAAUUGUCAAGUAUCACAAGAAAACUAAAUGCUUAUACCAAAGAUAUUUUAUGUAACUUAGCAUCGAAAUGCAAAAGAAGAGAACAAGUCCGUGAAAACUUGCACGUAGCCUCGAAGCAUGUAAUGGCAUCGCAAUGUACAGACGAAGCAGGAAAUCCUAACUUGAAAUUAAGAUUUCGCAAUGAUAUAAAGAAGAAAUGUGGAUCACUUGAUGUUGAUUUAAAUAGCAUUAAGAAGGAAAUUGUUAAAGAAAAAAACAUGGUAAUAUGUAUCACUAUAAUAAAGUCGUUCAAUAUAUUUUCGAUCUAUUUCAUAAAUAAAAAUUUCUUUGCAGAGGAUAGUAAUAUGGGAAAGCGGAUGGAUUUUGAUAAAGCUUUCGCGAAAGUUUUUCUCGAACUCUCAUCGAAAUGCAGUGGCGUGUUGCUUCGUAAUUAUCUAAUGACGAAGAGAGAGAAAGUAUUUAGUAAUACAUCGAAUGCGUGUUUACAUAAACCUGAACAUUUCUCGCCGUCUAAUAGAUUGUGCAAAAAUUAUAGAACCGAUAAAUCUCGUGAAUUUUUCUAUACGAACGAAUACAAUCCUCUCGUGUUCACCAAUUGGCGAGAAGUAUCCAAACGAAGGAAUUACAAAUCCAAAAGUGCAUUUACUGCUAACACUUCCGGAAAAUCGCGACACACUGUCAGUCACAUUUGA